GACGGGACCAGGCUUAGAUUCGGAAAUAUGCUACACGGGCAGCUGCUUGCCAUCCGCUCUUGAUGUCUGUUAUUGCCUCGUCAACAAGCUUUCUGCAGACAUAUGUGGAGCUGGAACAAAUGGCAAUGGAACAACAGUAGGCGGAAGCUUGAGCAGUUGUAACAACAAACUAUCAACGGGUCCAACUGCUCCUCCGUUGUCCCAUUUAUCUCCAUCAAGGCUGGACGCAACGAGUGGCAGUUUGAUGGCUAUGAGUUCUCUGUUUGCCAAUGGAGAUGCUGCAUCGCCAAUUUCGGCAGGCGACCUGCUUUUGUUCAAUCAGCAACUGGAUGUUGUAAAUCGAAAUUUGCCGUCAGGGUCCGCUGCAGCGUUUUCAUCACAGACACCACAGCUGGAUCAGCGGGAUCCCACAACGGGUCGCUAUGUGUGCAAGUACUGUACAUAUUCGACAGUGCAACGAACGCAUCUGGCUCGGCAUGAGCGUUCGCACACGGGAGAACGUCCUUUCAAAUGUCAAUUUUGCCCAUACUCAGCUACCCUGAAGACAUGCCUCAUCAACCAUGAAAGGACACACACUGGAGAAAAACCAUACAAAUGCAAGUACUGCUCGUAUUGUGCCUCGCAAAAAGUCACUCUGGAAAGACACCAGAAGACGCAUUUUAAGGGUCAUCAGCUGUCACUUCUUGAUGCGGGCGGCACCAUACAUCCGCUCGACUUUUCUCCGGAAAAUCCAAGUCCUCCGAAUGUCUGAAGCGACGUGAGACUGGCCUUGUACUGGCGAUACCCGCCACACACAUCCGUAGGGAACUUACCCACCUUACAGGCCAGACAUCGUGCCUAAUAUAACGGCAGUUAAGUUAAUGUUUGUUGAUCAAGCUUUUCCCAAGAAGAAACUGCUCUCUGACGGACCUUUGUGCCUAGUGUAUGCUACUGUUAGGGAGAAAAGCGAAUGGUGUGUCCGGGCCAAAAGUAUGGAGGGUCACCAAAGCAUAGAGCACCGGACCAUUCGGAACGUGAUCUCCUUUAAAUCGCAACAUUAGAUACCAAACGAAUUAACUUUAGAAUCAGCAUUGUUGUUCUGUCCGGCUGCUUAGGCUUCUAUUGAAAAUCCGAUGCGUUUUUAGGUGACCAUGGCCCAUGGUGAAUAUAGCGCUCUGACAUCGUUUGAAAAACCUUUACACACCGGCCAAAAUGUCAGAGCAGUGAACCCGGACUGCCCGAGGUGUAGACGAGUUUCUGUGUCUGCCUCACUCAAGCGGAGACGAUUUUCGCAGUAGAGACCCUCCAUAGAAACGGGUAGUGCUCGUUACCGAACAGCUAAAGCUCUCUGAGGAUUGGACAGCAUGUAUUCACCUCAUAUAGAAACUCAUUAUUAUUUAUGAAAAUGUUAUUCAUCUCUUUGGGGGCAUUCGCGGCCACGAAAGCUGGACUUGCACCAAGUGCGCACACGUUAUCUACGAUCAGCGCAAGCAACGGACAAAUCCGUCUAAGUAGGCGCUAAUAUAUUAUUUUUUCAUGUCUUGGUUGCCGCUUAAAAACCUCCGUAUGGAUUAAUAUGGCUUGUUUGUUUCUAUAGUGACGACUGAGCUCUCACGAUGCUCCAGAGUCGUCAGUCCUCUCUCAAACAAAACAACGACUAUGACUGAUUAGUGAUUUCUGAAAUGGAAUCCGAUCAUUCUAGUGUAUAAUCGAACAUAUACACAUUUACAUUGUAGAUGACAUGUAAUAGAACAGAUAGAUAAUAUGCCUUGAAUGUCACCACCUUUGAAUAUUAUUCCGUAGUAUUAUCAUUAUCCGUGAGUACCUACACGUAUCACGGAGAUUACCCUUAUUAUAUUACUAUUGCAACUGAUAUUCGUAAAUUUCAAGUAUUGUUAGAUAAACGAAAGUCUACCUCUUUUGCGACAAGCACACCACCUUUCACGAUUGAAGCGAGCUUAGUUUCAGAUGCGCUGUUACCCAAAGUUUUGUACGCGCUCAUAACGGUUACAUGACCCAUGCCGACGACUGUGUUCAUUGUGUAUAAUGUAACAGCAGAGAAAAAUAAUAAGGCAAAUAACAGUAUACAUAUAGAGUAAAUGUUAUUGCUGCCGCUGGUGUACUUCAUACUCGUGUCAUCAGCGAAUCAUAUUGUGUUCAGAUCGUUUAUGCAGUUAUAAUUUCCCCUAUUGUGUCUCGAGUCCUCUGCAUGGAAUUGCGUUCAUGUAAGUAUAGAAAAGAAAAAAAAGUGACCACGAACACAUUUACUUUUUUUAAAUUAAGGACAAUAAUAACUCAUCCUACAUCAACCCAUCUAAUUUUUUUCCAUUCAUACGUACAUUAUUUGCUAGUAAUAACGGAAAUGCAUGUGACAUAUACAAACGUAA